UCUUGUUCUGUUUUUUUCUUGUACUUGAGCUUUGUAGCCUUUUUUCAGUACUAGUGUUUGAGACUUUGGUUAAGAAAAUGGAGGGAGAGAAUAUUACGAUCGAGAAAGGAUUGUUACUGGUAAAAAGAGAAGAAACAUCUGCAAACACAACUCCACUUCUUGUCUUCACCACUUUCAUCAUUGUCGCUGCCUCCUUUACCUUUGGCGUUGCAUUAGGUUAUACCGCCGGUACAAUGUCCUCUAUUAUGGAAGAUCUUGAUCUUUCUAUCGCACAAUUUUCCGUAUUUGGUUCGCUAUUGACUUUCGGAGGAAUGAUCGGUGCAAUAUUUAGCGCCAAAAGUGCUGAUGCAUUUGGUCGUAAAAUGACUUUAUGGCUCGCGGAGGUAUUCUGCAUAAGUGGAUGGCUUGUAAUUUCACUAGCCGAGAAUAUAAUUUGGCUAGACUUCGGGCGAUUCUUUGUGGGAAUUGGUGUUGGUCUCAUUAGCUACGUGAUUCCAGUAUAUAUCGCAGAAAUAACUCCCAAAAAUGUGCGAGGCACUUUUACAUUUAGCAACCAGCUGUUGCAAAACUGUGGGCUCGCAACCGCAUAUUACCUUGGAAAUUCCAUGUCAUGGAGAACGAUAGCCCUAAUUGGCAUUAUUCCGUGCAUGAUACAGUUCUUUGGAUUGUUUUUCAUCCCCGAAUCUCCAAGAUGGUUGGCAAAAGAAGGCCGCGACAAAGAAUGUGAAGCUGUUCUUCAGAAAUUAAGAGGAAAAGAAGCUGAUGUUAUAAGGGAAAGUCGUGAAAUUAUGAUUUCUGUUGAUGCCACCGCGAAUAUCAGCAUGCGCAGUCUUUUCAAAAAGAAAUAUUCUCGGCAACUUACAAUCGGUAUAGGUUUGAUGCUUCUGCAGCAGUUAUCUGGAAGUGCAGGAAUAUCGUAUUACGCAGGCAGCAUAUUUGAACUUGCCGGAUUCCCUUCUCGGAUUGGAAUGACGGUUUUGUCUAUGGUCGUGGUACCAAAAGCUAUAUUGGGUCUGAUACUUGUGGAUCGAUGGGGAAGACGACCGCUUCUGAUGGCAUCGGCAUUUGGGAUAUCUUUAAGUUGUAUCACUCUUGCAUUAUCGUUUGGAUUGAAAGGUGUCCCUGGGAUUGUAAAGUUCACUCCCACUAUGGCAUUUAUAGGAAUAUUGACAUUCAAUAUGAUGUUCGCAGCUGGACUAGGAGCGCUACCAUGGGUUAUAAUGUCUGAGAUAUUUCCGAUGGACAUGAAAGUAGUAGCUGGGAGUUUAGUAACUAUAACGAAUUGGUUUACUGGUUGGAUCGUCAGCUACUGCUUUAAUUUUAUGAUUAUUUGGAGCCAAACCGGGACUUUCAGUAUAUUCGCCAUGAUAAGUGGAUUAACAAUUGUUUUCUCGUGGUGUCUGGUGCCUGAGACUCGAGGAUUAACCUUGGAAGAAAUCCAACUUCCACGUGCUAACACUUUAAGUUGAUCUUAAAUAUCCUAUACUUUUUUUUCGUAAGUUUAAAUAUUCAAUACAAACAAAGGAACAAUAUAUAGCGAUUAUUUUCCAAAUUCAUUAUUAUAAAUUCUAUGUAGGAUCAUACUGUCUAUCAGAAAACGGAUCAUCCCGUCUUCAUAACGAAUGGUCGACUCUUAUCCUUUGUAAUAUUGGUUCUCUUUUCUAUUUCUUCCACAUAUAUCAUUUUCAUUCUGCCAGUUUUAUAUUUUUUAUAAUGUCA